ACAAAAACGUGGGUUAUCUAUGACGAAUACGGCGUCAUUGCAACUGCAAGCGUCAUCUGAUUAGUGUGUGCGUUGGUUGUUCGUUCGUGUUUUCGUAUUUGGUGUUUCUUUUUUUUCGGUAAAGAUUAUUUUUAUAGUGAAUUAUAUUUAGGACUAUUCAAUUUAUCGUAGAGUGUUAUAAAAAUCAUAAAAUGUUGUGUGAUAUUUGCAACACUUGGAUGUCAAGGACUCAAUAUAUGCUACAUCGUGCUUCAGACAAAUGUAAAUCUUCAUUGUUAGAUGAUUCUAGAACAGUUGUAUCUGAAGUAACUGUUGAUAAAAUGGAAGUCGUAGUGUAUGAGGCAGAAAUUAUGGAGGAUAGAGGAGAUAUUGUUUUAGAUGAGUCUGUCACAACACUUCAACCUUCAAUGGACGAAGAUGUCUUAAAGAGUAGAGUGGAUGUGGUGGAAAAUGGAGAAGAAAUUGUGUUAAAGGAAUCUGUGGAUAAACCAGUGGACGAAGCUGCAUCUCCAUCGGUCCAAUUUACUAAAAAGGGAACUAUACGAAUUCGCAGAAGUAAUUCUUUAAGUGUCAAAGAAAGAAAAGAACGUAAGAUGCAACUAUAUAAAGCAAAGUAUGCACUAAAGCCAAUUGUUGAUUGUUGCAAAAAAAAAUGCAUUAGCAAAAUAAAUGAGGGACGACGUAUUGAAAUUAACGCCCAAUAUUUAAAAUUAGGCUGGAAGGAGAGGAAGACAUUUAUCCUCAAUACAUGUGAUCGCAUGCCUGUAAAGAGGAAAAGUGUUGAAGAUGGUGCACGAAAAAACACUUGGAAAUACUUCUUCAGUAAUAAAGACUCAAUCAAGCAGUCCGUGUGCAAGAAGUUUUUCCUAACAACACUAGGAUACAAACCAAAUAAUGACCGUGCAGUAUUUGAGGUCCUUAACAAAACUCCAACUGCCGCAAUAGCCCCAUUAGCUGAUGGACGUGGCAAACAUGUUUCGGAUAGGAAGUAUAAACAUGACGAUUUAAUAGAUGCGCAAAUCGAAUCAUUUGAACCAACUGUAUCUCAUUACAGGAGGGAACAUGCUCCUAUUAGAAGAUAUUUGCCAAGUGAUGUGACCAUCACCAUGAUGCACAAUGAUUUUACACACAAAUACCCAGAACAACAAAUAUCAUACGAAUAUUAUAGGUUAGCUAUAAAGAAAAAAAAUAUUUCAUUUGCAACUUUGGGCCAUGAAGAGUGUGAAUUUUGUGAAAAAUUUUGUUUACACGGUCACGAUGCAGAUAAUUUAAAUAAUGAUUGUGAUGAUUGCCAACAAUAUAUUAAUCACAAGAUAAGAUAUGAAGAAGCAAGAGAAUUAUACAAAAAGGAUGCGGAGCUCAAUGAUGGCAGCAUUUUCUCUGUAGAUUUACAGAAAGUCAUCAUGCUGCCACGUUUGGAUGCAUUUAAAAAAGUUAUAUUUACAAAGAGAAUAGUGGCUUACCCCGAGAGUUUCGUUCCUCUUGGGAAAAAAAGCACAUGGUGUUCCCAUGGCAUGUAUAUGGCAUGA